AUGGCUAAAGUUAAAGUCAUCGUGCAUGAUGAUCCAGAUCUGGGCUUUGGUCCAGAUGAGGAUGACUCUGAGUCUGAUUCUGGGGAUGACUCAGACUCCGGGAGUAUACUCUCAGAUGACUCCAUACUUCCUGACUAUCAGCUGGAGGAUGAUAUGGAGAGUACGGUGAACACUCUGUAUCAGGCCUGUGCUAAGAACCAAGCUUCAUCCCUGUGCAAAGUGCUGGAGCGGGGCGUGACUCCAGAAGAAGUCAUGGAGCUGGACAUCAAUGGCAGGAACGGGCUCAUGCUGGCAGUUUCCAAAGGGUUUGUAGAUAUCGUGUAUGGCCUGAAUAAAUGCCCAUUUUUGGAUAUUAAUCAUCAAGAUAAUGAUGGAAACACAGCGCUCAUGAUUGCAGCACAAGCUGGUUUUGUGACGAUACUAACCUACAUUCUGAACUACUAUUCCGGUGUGGAUAUUGAGCUCCGAGACCAAAGAGGCUUCACUGCUCUCAUUAAAGCAGCCUUACAGGGCAACAACGACUGUGUGACCUCGCUGCUCAUGGCUGGUGCAGACAUUAAUUCAGUAGAUUCAACACAAAGGAAGGAUGUAAGAGAAUGGGCACUAAAAACAGGACACUUUGAAACUUUCACUAGGCUGAGACAACUGUCCAGCCGGCCCUGUGCAGAGCAAUUCUUUGAAAUCUAUGUCCCAGAGUGGCCAGAUCUUGAAGAGCUAGUAAGAAAAGCCACGUCCACAAAAAGUGCAGGGCAGAAGGUCACGAGUUGUUUGAAGUCCACAUUCACUUUCAGUUUUCCGCAGGAUCCCCAGGACAACGGUGUCCUGGAUCACAUGGUGCGCAUCACCACGAGCAUCCACAGUCCCCUGGUAGUCACAGGCUGCCGUCCACUCUGUUCCACAAGCCCACCAGAGAUCAGCAAAAGGCAUUUAGCUAUGGAUGGACUGAUGCAGCAGCAGCAGAACCCAGACCAGAAGUUCAAGAGCCACAGCAAUGGCUCCAUCUUCUCAGUCUCCUCUACCCUCACCUCCAAAUCAUCUGCGUCUCUGGCCUCAUGCUACUCAGACACCGAGCAUAAAGGCAGCAUGUUCUCCAUGGCCUCCAACAGCAUCCGCAGGCUCGUCCCAUACAGAAUAGCACGCCGCAACAGCGUCUUCCCCACCAGCUGCAUCCCUCAAAUCACAGUGACCAAGUCGGCUGAUCCAACCCCCAAGAAGGAGAAGAAAAGGAAGAUGUCGAAAGGUUACCUGGAGCCACCUAUAUGGAAGUACAAGGAGGAGAAAAUGGAGAAGAAAAAAGAGAAGAAGCGGAUGGAAAAGGAGAAGGAGAAGGUUCAGAAGAUAAAGAUGGAAAAAUCUGCCAAGAAAAAGUAAAAAAAAAUGAUAAAGAACUUC